AUGAACACACCUACAUCUAUCUAUCUAUCUAUCUAUCUAUCUAUCUAUCUAUCUAUCUAUCUAUCUAUGUCAGUCUGUUCAUAUCGAUCUAUCUAUCUAUCUGUUCAUAUCCAUCUAUCUAUCUUCUAUCUAUCUCUGUCAUCUAUCUAUCUAUCUAUCUAUCUAUGUCAGUCUGUUCAUAUCUAUCUAUCUAUCUAUGUUAAUCUGUUCAUAUCUAUCUAUCUAUCUAUCUAUCUAUCUAUCUAUCUAUCUAUGUCAGUCUGUUCAUAUCUAUCUAUUCUGUUAAUAUCUAUCUAUCUAUCUAUCUAUCUAUCUAUCUAUCUAUCUAUCUAUCUAUCUAUCUAUGUCAGUUUGUUCAUAUCUAUCUAUAUUAUUUUUAUCUAUCUCCUCAACAAUGCUACUUUUUAUGCAUGCAUAUAUCUAUCCAUGUCUUUUUUCAUCGAGCUAACUACAUAUCUAUGUAUCUAUCUAUCUGUCUUUCAUGUCUCUACCUAUCUAAAAAUGAUUCUGUUUAAAUCUAUCUAUCUAUCUAUCUAUCUAUCUAUCUAUCUAUCUAUCUAUCUAUCUAUCUAUCUAUCUAUCUAUCCCAGUCUGUUCAUUAUCUAUCUAUCUAUCUAUCUAUCUAUCUAUCUCACUCUAUUCAUAUAA